AUGUUGUCUAUUGUCGUUAUCAUUUAUAUUUUAUUAAUUCAGCAACCUUAUCAAACUGAUCAAUUAGAAACAAUACAAGUAGCUUUAGCUAGUACUGUAGAAUUACCGUGUUCAAUCGGUCAAAAUAUCGAACCGACAAAUCCUGCAAAGAUCAUCUGGAUUCGUGAUGAUCGAGCAGAUAUUGUCAGUCUUGAUUCAGUUAUAACAGUGCGAGAUCGUCGUCUAAGUAUUCUUACAAUGGAUAGUAUUGAUCGUGAAGAACGAAUUUUACGUAUCACUAAUGUUGAAGAACAAGAUCAAGGUUUAUAUCGUUGUGUACGUGGUGAUAUUACAGUAAACGAAGUUCUUCUUGAUAUACUCAUGCCGCCUAGAAUCAUUUCGCAUUCACCGGAACAUAUGCGAAAGACGAUUCGUGAAGGUCAUAAUGCUCGAUUUUCUUGUACAGCAUCCGGUCGACCAACACCCAUUAUUCUUUGGCAUGUCAAUGGAGUAUUGAGGCCUGCCACAGUUACAACAAUUACGGGUAAAAAUGAGAGCAUUCUUAUCUUACGUAAUGUAUCACGGUUCGAUUCGGGCCGAGUCGAUUGUUCAGCAAGUAAUACAUUGAGCACUGUCAAUCGCCAAUUUCUUCUUCAUGUUAAAUAUAAACCGACAGUCAUGGUUCCGUUUCAUUUAUCUUAUUUCCGUUUAUAUGAUUCAGUAACAGUUACAUGUCGUGCUUGUUCACUACCAUCGACAACAUUAUUCGAUUUUUUUCGUCCGAAACAAGUAACACCUAUAAUAAAUGGCGUUAAAGAUAAAUUCGAUGAAUUUAUAAAUCAAACAUGUCGACAACUCACAAUCACAUUAUAUUUAAGUGAUUCUUCAUUAUUUGGAGCAUAUGUUUGUCGUGCUAGAAAUUCCAUCGGUAUUUCUCAUGCUGACUUUGCUAUUAAAGAGUUAGCUCAAUCAACUAAAUAUGUAAAACAUAUAACAGAAAGUCGUCCUUCGACAGCAUUAUCAUCAUCAUCGAUCGUUACAACUUCACUCGCAAAGAUAAAGAGCGCUGAAGAUGAUGACGCAUCUAAACGUCAUGCUGACUAUUCAUAUAUAACAUCCAAUACAAUUAAAACUGGAGUACUGGCACGGAAAAAUCAAGCAUAUCAAUUAUCAACAUCGCUUUUAUUAAUACUAGUUUUGUUCAUUAUUAGUCAAUGUUGA